AUGGUAUCUUUAAAAAGUUAUCAUCAAAGGCUCGUCUAUCUAAUUACGUAUAGCAGAGCUGAUAUCGCGAAAUUUCCUACAAAGCAGCAAUUUGCAGAUGCGGUACUGGAAGCGUGGAAAAGUUGUGGAAUAACAAUAUCGCACUGGGUAGUUUCCAUCGAGGGUCACGCUGUCACCGAUAGUAACGAUGAUAUGAACAUGUAUUAUUAUCAUAUGGCUUUGAAAUUGGCAAGACGAGGAGGAUGGCUGCAAGUAAGAUGGUUUCUGGACGAAACCUAUGCUAUACAGGUACAUUUUAGCGACAAUCACAAUACCUAUUAUAGCGCGUAUAAAUACGUAACAAAAGAAGACAACGAAUGUCUGCAUUCUGAACAACAUCCAGACUUGUCUUCUCCCCCUAAAACGGAGCAAGCAUUGGCAAGUAAGAAAAGAAAAGCUAGGGAAAAUAAUUCAACCCAUCAAAGAAAGGCCCGCAAAGAGAAAUGCUUGACUGUAUACAACGUUAGCCAACUUAUUCUAGCAAAGAAAAUAACCACGAGGUUGCAGCUGGUGUGCCUUGCAGUGGAGCAAAACCGAGAAGGCAAAAGUGCGUUGGCAGAAUUCAUAGCUAACAAAAACAACAAGGUUGAUGAGGCAUUGGAAGUCGCCAAGGAAUUUUCGGAAGCUGAAGCAAAAUUUCUUCGUUCAAGAAAGUCCCGCAUUGAAUUGUUGCAGGAAGCGAAAGAAGGAAAUUGCUGUGAAGGAUGGGAUGGGGCGUGGCCUGAAACAGCGUUAAAAGCGCUUCGAAAUAAUUGCAUUUCAGUAGAGGCAUUCUGUACAGCUUUAUAUAUUGCCUUAAAAAAAGGCCGGGGGAAAUAUCAAAAUAUAUUUAUACACGGCCCCGCGAACAGUGGAAAAACGUUUAUUUUAUCACCUCUUAAAAUCAUCUACCACACCUUCUGCAAUCCUGCAACUGGCACAUUUGCUUGGCAGGGGGCAGAAGAAGCCGAGGUGAUUUUCCUAAACAACUUUAGAUGGAGCCAAGCAGUCAUUGCCUGGGCGGACUUGUUGCAAGCUCUUGAAGGAGACACGGUUCAUUUGCCAGCACCAAAAAACUUUUGCAAACAAGACAUUGAGCUAUCUAAACAAGGACACCCCAUUCUUUGCCACAUCGGAUGCCCCUCUUCUUCUGAUAAAGGGAGGCUCUGUGGAUCAUGCAAAUACAGAGAUGAUGCAAGUUAGGUGGCGGUUUUUCCACUUUUGGAAGCCAAUUCCAAGAUCAGAUCAAAUUUCCCUGAACCUGUGUGCCUCCUGUUUCGCAAAAUUUGUUCUAGAAAACAGUGAACAGGAGUCACAGGACUGAACUGAAGACCAAGAUAUACACUUAUAUAAAAUCAUUGUCGCUUAAUUUUCUGUAAUUCAUUGUCGCUUUCUGUUAUACCGCACGUACAAUAAUAGUUAAUAUUUAGUAAAAGUUCUGUUAACGAACGUAAACAGUAUAAGCUGAGACAGCCAGUACUCACUUACAGUUCUCAGUAAUAUUAUUUGAAAUUUUGCACUUGGUUGUCAUGGUAUAUUUCGAAUAAUCCUCUAAUCUGAUUUCAGUCAUAGCUGCACUUCUAUUAAAAUGUUUUGUUUUGUUUAGAAAGUGCAUUGA